GAUUGUUCGCAGCUCCGAGGCACAGUGCGCUCCGGCCGCUCCGGGACGGUGAGGCGCGUGGGGUCCACGGCUAUCAGCUCAAGAGUCCUCCCGGAGGUGCCCGCCUGCGCCACGCGCAGAGACCAAGGCUAAGCGUUCUCAGUCCUCAGCAGCAGCGGCUCUCGGCGUGCGCCCGGGCUCCGAAGGCAACGCGCAACGCGGCGGGAAGGACAAGCAGCGGCGGCCGAGCACUCACCGCUGGACUCUGCAGAGUUCGCCGCGCGCGGGGCUCGGCCCGGAUGGGCGCGGGGGUGGCGGUCUCCGCAGGGUGCUGCGAAGCGGCCCGGGCAGAGCGUGCCGGCUAAGCGCAGCGGCCGCGGAGCCGACUGGGGCCGGCCGUCCAUGCCCCGGCGCGGAGCCUAGCGCCGAGCGCAACCCGGGCCCGUGGCCGCCGGCACCUCGCAGCCCUCGCUUCCCGGCUUCGCGGCGCGCUCCAGACAAGAUGGCGCGGCCGGGUCCGGGAGUGUUCGGGGCCCCGCGCCUUGCGCCUCGCCUUCUGCUCUGGCUGCUGUUGUUGCUAUUGCUGCUACUGCAAGGGCCAGAGUCUGCGGUCGCCCAGGCCGGUCCGCGGGCGCCCUGCGCGGCCGCCUGCACUUGCGCCGGGGACUCGCUGGACUGCAGUGGGCGCGGGCUGGCGACGCUGCCCCGGGACAUGCCCUCCUGGACGCGGAGCCUAAACCUGAGUUAUAACAGACUCUCCGAGAUUGACCCUGCUGCUUUUGAGGACUUGACGAAUCUGCAGGAAGUGUACCUCAACAGCAAUGAGCUGACAGCCGUGCCAUCCCUGGGCGCUGCCUCCAUGCAUGUCGUCUCCCUCUUCUUGCAGCACAACAAGAUCCUCAGUGUGGAUGGAAGCCAGCUGAAGUCAUACCUGUCCUUGGAAGUGCUGGAUCUCAGUUCGAACAACAUCACGGAAAUUCGGAGCUCCUGUUUCCCGAAUGGCCUGCGUGUAAGGGAACUCAACUUGGCGAGCAACCGCAUCAGCAUCCUGGAGUCUGGAGCGUUUGAUGGUCUAUCACGGUCACUGCUGACUCUUCGUCUGAGCAAAAACAGGAUCACCCAGCUUCCUGUGAAAGCGUUUAAGCUACCCAGGCUGACACAACUGGACCUGAAUCGGAAUCGGAUUCGAUUGAUUGAGGGCCUCACGUUCCAGGGGCUCGAUAGCUUAGAGGUGCUGAAGCUUCAGCGGAACAACCUGAGCAAGCUGACGGAUGGCGCCUUCUGGGGGCUGUCUAAGAUGCACGUGCUGCACCUGGAGUACAACAGCCUGGUGGAAGUGAACAGUGGCUCCCUCUACGGCCUCACAGCCCUGCACCAGCUGCACCUCAGCAACAACUCCAUCUCUCGAAUUCAGCGUGACGGCUGGAGCUUCUGUCAAAAGCUACACGAGUUGAUUCUGUCCUUCAACAACCUCACGCGGCUGGAUGAGGAGAGUCUAGCAGAGUUGAGCGGCCUCAGUAUCCUGCGUCUCAGCCACAAUGCUAUCAGCCACAUUGCUGAAGGCGCCUUCAAGGGACUCAAGAGUCUGCGGGUCUUGGAACUGGACCAUAAUGAGAUCUCAGGAACAAUUGAAGACACCAGCGGUGCCUUUAUGGGGCUCGACAACCUCAGCAAACUAACUCUGUUUGGAAACAAGAUCAAAUCUGUGGCUAAGAGAGCAUUCUCGGGGCUGGAAAACCUGGAACACCUGAACCUUGGAGAGAAUGCAAUCAGGUCUAUCCAGUUUGAUGCCUUUGCAAAGAUGAAGAACCUUAAAGAGCUCUACAUCAGCAGUGAGAGCUUUCUGUGUGACUGUCAGCUCAAGUGGCUGCCCCCAUGGCUAGUGAGUCGGAUGCUACAGGCCUUUGUGACAGCCACCUGUGCCCAUCCAGAGUCACUGAAGGGCCAGAGCAUUUUCUCAGUGCUGCCGGACAGCUUUGUGUGUGAUGACUUUCCAAAGCCACAGAUCAUCACUCAGCCUGAGACGACCAUGGCUGUGGUGGGCAAGGACAUCCGUUUCACAUGCUCAGCAGCCAGCAGCAGCAGCUCACCCAUGACCUUUGCCUGGAAGAAGGACAAUGAGGUCUUGACCAAUGCAGACAUGGAGAACUUCGCACAUGUCCGUGCCCAGGACGGCGAAGUGAUGGAGUACACCACCAUCCUGCACCUCCGUCACGUCACGUUUGGACACGAGGGCCGCUACCAGUGUGUCAUCACAAACCACUUCGGCUCCACAUACUCACACAAAGCCAGGCUCACUGUGAAUGUGUUGCCUUCAUUCACCAAAAUACCCCAUGACAUUGCCAUUCGGACGGGCACCACAGCACGCCUCGAGUGUGCUGCCACGGGCCACCCUAACCCUCAGAUUGCCUGGCAGAAGGAUGGAGGCACCGAUUUCCCUGCAGCUCGAGAGCGACGCAUGCACGUUAUGCCAGAUGACGAUGUGUUCUUCAUCACUGAUGUGAAAGUCGACGACAUGGGGGUCUACAGCUGCACUGCCCAGAACUCAGCUGGCUCUGUUUCCGCAAAUGCUACCCUGACCGUCCUAGAAACUCCAUCCUUGGCAGUGCCCUUGGAAGACCGUGUGGUAACUGUAGGAGAAACCGUGGCCUUCCAGUGCAAAGCAACCGGAAGCCCCACACCACGCAUCACCUGGCUUAAGGGAGGUCGUCCAUUGAGCCUCACAGAGCGGCACCAUUUCACUCCAGGCAACCAGCUGCUGGUUGUUCAGAACGUGGAGGCAGAGGAUGCAGGCCGGUACACCUGUGAGAUGUCGAAUCCCCUGGGCACUGAGCGGGCACAUAGCCAGCUGAGCAUUCUACCCACCCCUGGCUGCCGGAAGGAUGGGAGCACCGUAGGCAUCUUCACAAUUGCUGUGGUGUGCAGCAUUGUGCUGACCUCGCUGGUCUGGGUGUGCAUUAUCUACCAGACCAGGAAGAAGAGUGAGGAGUAUAGCGUCACUAACACAGAUGAAACCAUUGUGCCUCCAGAUGUUCCAAGCUACCUCUCCUCUCAGGGAACCCUUUCUGACCGGCAGGAAACUGUGGUCAGGACUGAGGGCGGUCCUCAGGCCAAUGGGCAUAUUGAAAGCAAUGGUGUGUGUCUGAGAGACCCAAGCCUCUUCCCAGAGGUCGACGUUCACAGCUUUGCAUGCAGGCAGCCCAAGCUGUGUGUUGGGUAUACCAGAGAGCCCUGGAAGGUGACAGAGAAAGCCGACAGGACAACUGCGCCACAUCCAACAGCACACAGUGGCUCUGCAGUGUGCAGUGACUGUAGGUCCGACACGGCCAGCCAGCCCCAGGAACAGGCCUUUCACCCCCAGACUGUGCCCAGAGACAGUGGGCAGCCAGGCACAUCAAGCAGCCAAGAGCUGAGGCAGCACGACCGAGAAUGUUCUCCACACCAUCCUUACAGUGGGACUGUGGAUGGGCCUCAUGCCCUCUCUGGGGGGUCCCUCUAUCCAAGCAACCAUGACAGAAUACUGCCAUCCCUGAGGAACAAGGCGGCAUGUGCGGACGGGAAAGGAGAUUCCUCUUGGACUUUAGCAAAGUUACAGGAAGCAGACUGCAUAGACCUAAAGCCUUCAGGCAGCCCAGAGCUCAUGGAAGACGCCAUAUCUACUGAGGCCCAGCACUUGCUUGUUUCCAAUGGCCAGCUCCCCAAGGCCUGUGACUCCAACCCUGACUCUGUACCACUGAAAGGACAGGUCACGGGGAGACGGAGAGGACCAUUGCUGUUGGCCCCGAAAAGCUAGGCUUCAUCUACCUCAGCUCUUUUAAAGCGGUUGCUACAGGAAAGAGGUAGGAGACACAGUGGGAAGUUUGUGUCCAGACAUCCCUCGGACAGUUGGACUUGCAUGUGGAAUGUCAGUCGGCUAAAGAACCUGGAGCACAGAAAUGCAAGAGACUAUUUGUGUACAAAAGGCAGAAAAAGUAUUUGAUACCAUUGUACAUAAGAGUUUUCAGAGAUUUCAUAUUAUAUUAUAUAUCUUUUACAGAGACUAUUUUAAUCCUUAGCGCAUGGGUCCCGCUUUUGGUGAUAUUUUCACAUUAGGUUGCUGUCUGAUUUUUGGAGAGGGUCAGGAAUCGUUCUGGUGCCUUAAUACACAGCUGGAAUUCAGAUAAAACACAUCAGCUGUUGUUGGUGGUUGGAAAGGAGGGCAUCUUGGCUACGUGGCACUUAGUGGUCAGAUUGGAGUGCAUUGGCCAGACCUAUGCAGGCUGGUGUUGGCAGGGUGCACUGGUCUGUAUUUGAGGACGAGACUGAGGGCUGUUAAUCCACCGAACGCAAGGGCUCAGAACAAGCAAGCGCUGCCUUUCGUCUUUCUUUGUAACUCACUCGGUACAAGCAAAUGUCGUCUCCUCAGUGGUUCUUUGAAGCUUACUAAGGCGGAGGCUGCCAGUGUCGGUGCCUGUGGAAUUCCCAGCAGUGAGGUUUAGUUCCGUCAACACAGGAUCACAGUGGGGGAGAAAAGGAAGAUGUCUGCGUCCAGGGCCAGCUAAGUUCUGCUGAGCAGGCCUGUCCACGCUGUUCCUUGCACAGUGAGACUGGGCUUGGACUGUACAAGACUUGAGUCCUAGGCCUGGGUGUAUUUGCACUUUGGGGCCCUGUUGCUAACCAUCUUGUGAGUGCCAAUGUGUAAUUCAGUAAAGACUACAUGGAAACAAACAAACUCGGUCCUUAAAACCCCAGAAAGCUGUGGGGAAGUGUUGGCACAGUGAUGGCCUGGGUCACGGUGUAGUGUCGUCAUAGGCCAUCACUGUGCCAGGGCAAGCACACAAGAAGGCUGUUCUCCACAGUUGGGUGAUUAAUGUUACUUCCACAAAAUAUGUGAAUUUGCUGCUUCUGAGAGGCAAUGUGAAAGAGGAAGUAUUACUUUUUAUGUACAGAGUUAUUUAUUUAUAGAAAUUUUGGUACAGUGUACAUUGAAAACAUGUAAAAUAUUGAAGUGUCUAACAAAUGGCAUUACAGUGUCUUUAAUAAAGGUUCAUUUAUAAAUACUAA